GCUCGCGCGGCUCGCAGCGCUGCAGAGGCUCAGAGGCGGCGGCGGCGGCUCCCUCUUUCCCUCCCUCCCUCUCGGUCCGUCCGUCCGUCCGUGCGUCCGUCCGUUCAGCCUCGGUCCGGCCCGAAGCAUGGCCGGCGUCAGCUUCAGCGGCCACCGCCUGGAGCUGCUGGCGGCGUACGAAGAGGUGAUUCGGGAGGAGAGCGCGGCCGACUGGGCUCUGUACACAUAUGAGGAUGGAUCAGAUGACCUCAAGCUUGCAGCCUCAGGAGAAGGGGGCUUGCAGGAGCUUUCGGGCCACUUCGAGAACCAGAAGGUGAUGUACGGCUUCUGCAGCGUCAAGGACUCCCAGGCUGCGCUACCAAAAUACGUGCUCAUCAACUGGGUGGGUGAAGACGUGCCUGAUGCCCGUAAGUGCGCUUGUGCCAGCCAUGUGGCAAAGGUGGCUGAGUUCUUCCAGGGUGUCGAUGUGAUCGUGAAUGCCAGCAGCGUGGAAGACAUCGACGCAGGCGCCAUUGGGCAGCGGCUCUCCAAUGGGCUGGCGCGGCUCUCCAGCCCUGUGCUGCACCGGCUGCGGCUGCGAGAGGAUGAGAACGCCGAGCCCGUGGGCACCACCUACCAGAAGACGGACGCGGCUGUAGAGAUGAAGCGGAUUAACCGUGAGCAGUUCUGGGAGCAGGCCAAGAAGGAGGAAGAGCUGAGGAAGGAGGAGGAGCGGAAGAAGGCCCUGGAUGAGAGGCUGAGGUUUGAGCAGGAGCGGAUGGAGCAGGAGCGGCAGGAGCAGGAGGAGCGGGAGCGGCGCUACCGGGAGCGGGAACAGCAGAUCGAGGAGCACAGGAGGAAACAGCAGACUUUAGAAGCUGAAGAGGCCAAGAGGAGGUUGAAAGAGCAGUCUAUCUUUGGUGACCAGCGGGAUGAGGAAGAAGAAACCCAGAUGAAGAAGUCGGAAUCAGAGGUAGAGGAGGCAGCAGCCAUUAUUGCCCAGCGGCCUGACAACCCCCGGGAGUUCUUCAAGCAGCAGGAACGAGUGGCAUCGGCCUCUACGGGCAGCUGUGAUGUGCCCUUGCCCUUCAACCACCGGCCAGGUCGUCCGUACUGCCCUUUCAUAAAGGCAUCGGACAGUGGGCCUUCCUCCUCCUCCUCUUCCUCCUCCUCCCCUCCACGGACUCCCUUUCCCUAUAUCACCUGUCACCGCACCCCAAACCUCUCUUCCUCCCUCCCAUGCAGCCACCUGGACAGCCACCGGAGGAUGGCGCCUACCCCCAUCCCCACCCGGAGCCCAUCCGACUCGAGCACAGCCUCCACUCCUGUCACUGAGCAGGUCGAACGGGCCCUGGAUGAGGUCACGUCCUCACAGCCUCCGCCACUGCCGCCGCCGCCCCUGCCAGCCCAAGAGACCCAGGAGCCUUGCCCCAGCCUGGACAGUGAAGAGACCAGAGCAGCAGCCCCUCAGGCCUGGGCUGGCCCCGUGGAGGAGGCCCCUCAGGCACAGGCGCCCCCCCGGGAGCAAGACAGGCCUGAGGAGGACUUGACAUUCUUGGAGGAGUCUCCAGAGCAGGCUGUUGCGGCUGCCCCCGUGGAGCCUGCCGCAGCCGACACCACUGUGGCCGACACCUCGGUGGCUGAUGCCAAUGCAGCUGACACCAUUGAAUCUGCUGCUGCCACUGCUGACACCACUAUUGCCAACAAUGUCCCCCCCACCACUGCCAGCCUCAUCAACCUAUGGCCUGGUGACGGGGAAGGGGCCUCUGCACUCCAGGCUGAGCCCCUGGCCCCCACGCCAUCCUCGGGUACUGAGGUCACCCUGGCAGAGGUGCCCCUGCUGGACGAGGUGGCUCAGGAGCCCCUGCUGCCAGUAGGCGGAGGUUGUACCAACCUUCUCAAUUUUGAUGAGCUGCCUGAGCCGCCAGCUACCUUCUGUGACCCAGAGGAGGAAGCAGAAGGGGAGCCCCUGGCUGCCCCCCAGGCCCAAGCUCUGCCCUCAGCUUUCGGGGAGCUGGAGCAGGAGCCAGAGCCGGAACCCCACCUGCUGACCAAUGGCGAGACCACCCAGAAGGAGGGGACCCAGGCCAGUGAGGGGUACUUCAGUCAGUCACAGGAGGAGGAGUUUGCCCAAUCGGAAGAGCUGUGUGCAAAGGCUCCGCCUCCUGUGUUCUACAACAAGCCUCCAGAAAUCGACAUCACCUGCUGGGAUGCAGACCCAGUACCGGAAGAGGAGGAGGGCUUCGAGGGUGGCGAUUAGCAGUGGUGCCAGUCCUAGGUGCCCUCGCCAAGGCCGCCCACCCGUGCCGCCUCUGGCCAGACGGCCCGCCACGCCUGCAUUCGCAGCAGUUCCGCCUGGCACCUACUCCGGAUUCCGGCCAUGGCCCAGGACUUGGCCGCUUCCCUACCCACAGGGCCUGACUUUUACAGCUUUUCUCUCUUUUUUUUUUUUUAAAGUUGAUAGGAGACUUGUACAGUUGACUGGUUUUCCUCCCGUUGGUAGUUGAGCCGCUGUUGCAAAUUCCACCCUUCCUGCCGGGUCCAGACUGUAGCUCUUAGUCCUUCCUGCUCAGCUGGCCGGGGCAGAGGCCUCACCCUGCUUGGGGCCUGGUGUGGGGGGAGCUCUGGUGGGAAAAUGUCCCCCCACCUCUUUUCCUAGUUUUAUGUUUCUUGGAAAAAUAUCACUUUGUAUUCUGUGUCCAGGGCUUCAGAUAUUUUGCACGAAUUUUAAAACAUGGCAAUAAAUGGCUCAUGGGCUCUGGCUCCCUGGGACCCACUCCCUGCCUGGCCCAAAGGAAGUAGCAGGCCCAGCUGGGGCCCCUCGGCUACCCCGCCCUCUCCUGCCGGGCAGGUCCCAGGCUGGAGGCCCUAGGCGAGAUUCAGGUCGGGUCUGUGGAUGGGGCUCUUCCCCAACUCCUUCCUCUUUGCUUGGGUUCCUUUUUCACAUUCAGUAACUGUUUUUUUUUUUUGGAAAGCACAAACUUCUGUAACGGGUCGUGCUCAUGUCUGUUAAUAAAGAAGUCCAGAUCCCU